AUGCGCACCGCGCGGGCGUCCCUGAUCGCGCGACCACUCCGCGCGAAGGCGUCCAUCAUGGGCGCGAGCGCGUCGCGAUCGUCGCCCGCGACGCGCGCGUUCCUCGACGGCGCGAAGAUUCCGGGCGUGUCCGAUGGAUGCAAAGGCGCCCCGAUACCCGAAGGUUUGAAGGGCCUGCCGAUCGUCGCCGACGAGAGCGUGAUGUCGCAAAAGGCGCACGGCACGAGCGAGCACGCGGUGAUGAAGAAUCUGCGCUACGGCAGCGAUCGCGAACUCGCGGAUCGAAUUUGCAACUUUAACAGGCACUACGCGGAACACGCCGGGUACGCGUGGAGCACGAACUGGAUCUCCGAGGUGAAGGAUAAAGGCGAGGUGACGUAUUACGAUUCAGUGACGGGCGCGCCGCUUUUCAUCGCACCUCGAGGGCGAACGUGGGCGGAAUUCGAGAAGGAGUCCAGAGCGCACGGUUGGCCGAGCUUCAGAGACGCGGAGAUGGUGCAAGAAAACGUCCGAUGUUUGCGCGACGGCGAGUGCGUCAGCACGACGGGAACGCACUUGGGACAUAAUUUGCCAGACCGUAACGGUAACCGCUACUGCAUCAACUUAGUCUCCGUCGCCGGUAAUCCCGAACCGGAGAGAUGAUUAUCGUUUUCCGCGAUUCGGAGCUUUGACGGUUGGAACGAGGCGCCGUUUCGACGCCGCCUCGUUCGUCCCCCGCGCGCGCGACGACCACUUUUAACGCACUCAAGCGCGUGAACCUCUAA